UCCCAUUUUAGUGUGAGUGCAGCUAUGAGGCUUUCUUUGUAGCAAGAAAAAACAUUUUGUCCUGAGCCCUGGGCUUAAAUGCAGUUCACGGAUUACGACAGUCCAGGUUUCCGGCUGCUAAACAUCACUUUCUGAUCAAUGAGUGUGCAGGACAGAUUUAAUCUUUUUUCGCACAAUAUGUUUUACGGUUUCGUAAUAUAUAAGAUCCGGAAUAGUUAUACUGUUUGUGUCAUUCUCUAAUCCCGAAGUGGAAAUUUUCCCAUUAUUCAACGAUCACCAUGACCAUAAUUCGUGAUUUAUUUGAUUUUUGACCAACAAUUAAUCCGCGUGCAUGUCUUAUGUUUACCUGUGUAUAUGCUCUUGUCACUCAUCGUGGGGCGCUUGAAAAAUGAGCCAAGAAUUUUUGGGGUGGGAUUAUCCUACCAGUUCGCCGGAUAGUCACGAACCUCGCGGACACCGGCAAUCGCGAUUCAGCAUUCCCUUUGGCUCGCGAAACAACAGUACAGAUGGCGCCGUUAAACCACGAUCCCUUAGCAUCAUCAGCCGACUGAAAUGGCUUUUUCACGCACUUGAUGGAGACUUGGAAGACUGGGAGCAGUGCCGCAAUCUGUCCAGACCAGGAAGUCUGGAUGCACUGUGUUUGACAACGCGGUUCACCCGGAAGGAAAUCCAAGCGAUCUACAAUGGCUUCAAACAGGACUGCCCCAACGGCACCGUCAGCAAAGAAAGAUUUAAGGAAUUAUAUUCGCAGUUUUUCCCACUUGGAGAUGCGCGAACAUAUUCGGGGCAUAUCUACGAUUCACUAGACAAAAAUUCCGAUGGAAAUGUCACAUUUGAUCAAUUUAUUGUGACCAUGUCUGUGAUGUCCAGAGGCACAAUAGAUGAAAAAAUCCGCUGGAUAUUUAAUCUUUAUGACCUUAAUGGCGACGGGUCAAUAUCUCCCGAAGAAAUGCAUAUCAUCGUUUCCUCCAUUUAUGAUAUGCUUGGGAAAAGGACAUAUCCUCCUGCUGAUGAGGAAUACAUCCAAGAACAUGCCGAUCGUAUCUUCCGGAAAAUGGAUUUAAAUGGAGAUGGAGUUAUAACAUUUCAAGAGUUCCAGGAAGUGUGCCGAAACGAUCGGGAGAUAGCCAAAGCGAUGGAUCUUUUCGACACAGUUUUAUGAUACGGUGGAUGGCACACAGCCGGUGUCACUGUCCAUCUCUUCCAGCGGACUGUCAAAAUUUACAGAACGGAUGUGAUAAUACUGAACUACUCGUAAUGGCUGCUAUGAAGACAAAAUUUCGCUGUGUACAAGUAUUUUAUUAAUACUGAUAAUCCUGCCCGUAUAUUGAUAAUACAGUUAAAACCGUAAUUCUUUGUUACUGUUACCAUUUUGUAAUUUUCUAUGCUGUUAGCCAACAGCAAGUGACGGUAAAAUACGGGGAACCGCGUUUGUGCCGCAAAUGCAUAACAAAAAAAACUGAGCAAAAGCCAGCGCACUUUGAAAUAGCAACGUACGGUUUCU